AUGCUUAGAAGUUCAUACCAAAAUGACAAGUCGAGUUGUGUAAAUAUAAAAGUAAUAGUUCGGUGCAGGCCUUUGAAUGAUAAAGAGAAAAAUGAUAUAAAUAACGAAGAAGUGGUAAAAAUAAAUAAUAACGAAGUAAUAUUAACAGUAAACAGAAAUAACGAAAUUUAUGAAAAAAAAUAUAGUUUUGAUUAUGCAUGUGAUAAGAAUGUAGAUCAAAAGACACUGUUCAAUAAUUAUAUCUUUCAAAUAGUGGAUGAGGUACUUGAAGGAUUUAACUGUACGUUGUUCUGCUACGGUCAGACAGGUACGGGGAAAACGUAUACGAUGGAAGGAAGGAUACUUGAGCAUUUGAAAAAUAAUGAAAACAAGAGAAUAGACUUGAAUGAUAGUAUAAAUAGUGAUAUAAAUUAUUAUUAUGAGUUAUGUGAUAAUGAUGACACAGGAAUAAUUUUUCGAGUUGCCAAAAGAAUAUUUGAUAUUUUAAAUAAUAGAAAAGAAGAGAAAGGGAUGCGAUCAGAACAAGAGAUAGAAGGGGAAUACAACACUGGUAUGCAUAAUAAUAUGUGCACAAACAGCAAUCGGAGUAGUUGUAACGAUAUUAUAGAUAAAGACGGCAUAUCCAUUGGCAUAGAAGAAUUUGCAAAGAGUAACAUACAAGGCAUUCUAAUGGAUCCAGGAAGGGACAGGAAGGGGAGCAGCAAGUCCUUGAUUAAAAAUAUUGGCAGUUUAAGCAAUGGGUGUAAUGGCAAUACUGUUAGCGGACAUACGACUAGAGGCAAUCCCAUUAACAGUAGCGAUAGUAACGUGCAGGGACUGGACAGGCUGGACAGAAUGGACAAAAGAUCAUACGAUUUUACCAUAAAAGUUAGUUAUUUAGAAAUAUACAACGAGGAGCUAUGUGAUUUGUUAAGCUCGACAAGUGAGUGUAAUAAAUUACGUAUAUAUGAAGACACAACAAAUAAGAAUAAAGGGCUAAAUGUAGACAAAUUGGAGGAAAAGAAUAUAAAUUCUUUUGAGGAAAUAUAUUACCUGAUAUGUUCAGCUAUAAAAAAAAGAAGAACAGCAGAGACUUCAUAUAAUAAAAAGUCUAGUAGGAGUCAUUCUAUAUUUACCAUAACAUUAAUUAUGAAAGAUUUAAAUAAUGAAGGAGUAAGUAUAACCAAAAUAGGUAAGUUGAACUUAGUCGAUCUAGCGGGUAGUGAAAAUGCGUUAAAAAGUUCAUGUGGAAAUUUAAAGAUUAGACAGCAAGAGAGUUGUAAUAUAAAUCAGUCUUUAUUAACCUUAGGUCGAGUCAUUAAUGCACUUAUAGAAAAUUCUUCAUAUAUACCAUAUCGUGAUUCAAAACUAACUAGGUUGUUACAAGAUUCGUUAGGUGGAAAAACGAAGACCUUUAUUGUAGCAACGAUUUCCCCUUCUUCUCUAUGCAUAGAUGAAACGUUAAGUACACUAGAUUAUGUGUUUAGAGCAAAAAAUAUAAAAAAUAGACCUGAGAUUAAUGUAAAAACAACAAAGCAGUUAAAAAUAAAAGAUCUUAACAACGAAAUUGAAAAAUUGAAAAAUGCCUUAAAUCUUAGUCGAGAAAAAAGGGGUGUCUAUUUAGAUAACGAAGAAUAUAAUAAUAUACAAAAUUGUCUUAAAAAAAAUAAAGAAAUUAUAUUACAAAAGGAAAAGAUAUUAUUUGAAAAGAGUAAAAAAAUAAAAACAUUGUUAGAUAAAAUGGACUAUACAGAUGACAUGCAAAAUCAUAUUAUACAAUUACUGAAAGAUGUUCUUUCCAAAUAUAAAAAUAUUCAAUCGUUACAUGAUAUACUGAUUAACAAAAUUGUAGAGGAAAAAUAUGUGACAAGGUAUUUAACCGACGAAUUUCAUCUUGUUAAGGAAAAGUAUUACAGAAUUAUUGAAGCGUAUGAACAAGCACAGAGAAACAUGUCAAUUGCUAUUCAUGACAGAUUUGUUACCAUACGAAAUGGAAUUAUUAACGACACUACUCAAUUUAGCGAUCUGUGCAAAAGUGCGUCAGGAGUUUUGGUGAAGAUAAAAAAUUGUUUUGUCGAAAAUAAGCAGUCCAUGAUAAGAUCUAUAAAAACAUUUGAAAAAUUAAACAGUGAUUUGCAUUUUAAAAAAAAAGAUAUACUUAAUUUUGUUCUUGAUCAUUUAGAUAUUAUCGAAAAAUAUGAUCAAAAUUAUUUAUUCAUUAUUGAAAAAAUUAAAAAAAAAUUAUUAACAUGCAAGCUAAAAUUAUGUCCUGAUCAUAAUUUAUUAACUGUUCAGAAUUUUAGAAAUAAGCAACUUCCAUUUGAGGAUUUUUUCCCCUCUUUGAGCGAUGUGGGUGAAGAUCAAAACGUGGACGCCAAGGAAAAGGGGGGUAAGGCGAGAGGCAUCCCUUCUCUAGGUGAAGAGGUGGAGCAGUGCAUUGACAAGUCGGGGCACAAUAAAAAUGGCAGCAAUAACAUCAAUAACAGCUGUGGUGGUAGUGACAGUGGCGAAGUGUGUAGUGCUAAGGGGGAACAAAAAGGUGCAUCACCAGGUAAGGUAACUGAGAGCGAAGCCAAGGAUGAGGAGCGUACGGAUAGAGUAAGUGUGCUUCCAUUAAAUAACGAUACAAACGAAGUAAUAAAUUUUCCACUAAGGGAAAAGACCAUGUGCAUUCUGAGAGAGCUAACUAUUAAUAAUAAUGCAGGACUAGAAGUAGUAAAAAUAAUAGAUGACCAUUUUUCUAAAGAAGUUUAUGACACAGAAUCGAUAAUUGAAUAUAUCAAAAGUAUUAGUAGUGUGUUUAAUACAUUUUUAAAGUCAUCUAGUUUAUAUUUUAAAAAGAGUAUAGACGAGAAAGUUAAUAUUCUAAAUGAGGAAAAGAAAAUUUUUGAAAAUAUAAAUGUCAAGUUUUCUAAUGAUUAUGGUACAUUAGAAGAAGAACUAAGGAAUAGCAAAUAUAAUAUUAUACAUAAUUUUAAAAAAAAAUUAAAUUCAGAUAUAGAAAUAUUCCGAGAAGACGUUUUAGAGGAAAUAAAAAAUGUAUUAAGUAGUAAUAUAAAAAGAAUGAAUGAAAAGAUUGACAAUAAUUUAGAUCAAUUGAACAAAGAGUUACAUAAGGAUUGUUAUAAUAAACAUAAUGAAUUUUAUUCAAAUUAUAUGAAAUGGUUGGAUAAAUUCUUACAUGAAUAUAACGAUAAGAAUAUUAAUUAUCAUAAAGGCUUCUAUAAGUUCAAUGAUCAAUACAAUAAUAGAGUUGAUAUGUUUUACCCUCUCUUGGAGGAUGUAAUAACAGAAUUAAAGGAAAAAAUUGUACGGCAAGAUAAACAAGUUAAAAAUAAUAUUGUAAAUUUUAUUAAGUUAUACACAAACUUAAUAAAUAACAACAACAAACAUAUUGAUAAAGUAAUUCAACAAUUUGAACAUUAUGCAAGUAAAAAUAUAAAAGAGAAAAAAGAAUUCUAUCGUAAUAUGUCCACAAAAAUUAUUCAAGAAAAAAAGGAUCUAUCAGAAGUAGAAAAAGAAACGAAUUUGCACUCCUCAAUGUUUAAUGAAAAUAUCAUCACUUGGAAUAAAUUGGUCUAUGCGGAUAUAGAAAAUUGCUCCCUUCACAUAAGUGAAUUGAUGCAAAAUUUGGAAAAAAAGAAAUUCUACCUGGAGGAUGAUAUUAACUUGGCGACGGAGGUUCAAAUGGAGGGGAGUAUUAGCAAUGCGACUAGUAGCGGCAUUAGCGGUAUUAGCGGCAUUAGCGGUAUUAGCGGCAUUAGCGGUAUUAGCGGCAUUAGCGGUAUUAGCGGCAUUGGCGGUAUUAGCGGCAUUAGCGGUAUUAGCGGUAUUAGCGGCAUUAGCGGUAUUAGCGGCAUUAGGGGCAUUAGCGGUAGUGGUGGUAACUGUGGCAGUAGGAAUGAUGAUGAACAAACGAAGGCGAUAAAGAACAUUGGCGCUGAAAUUGAAAAGAUACGAACUCUUAUUAACACAGUUAACAGCAGCAUAGAUAACGUUGAAUGGAAAAAUGACGAUCCGCCGUACAAUGAUUCCCCUUACAAGCAUGACACAUAUUUUGAAAUUAAGCAAAAGCUACUAAAAGAAAUUGAAGAUAUUUCGUAUAGUAGAAACAUCGAUUUAAAAUGUCUGUUUGAAAAUAUAGACGAAAAUUUAAAUCUUAUUAUUAAUGACACCGAUUUUGCAAAGAACAAGGGAAUGAGUGGUGAAUACAAAAAUAUUUACCUGACUACGUCAGCUGAUAAUGGAAAUAGCGAGUUUUCUGAUAGUAAUGUUAACAAAUCACGUGUGUGCACAAGUAUUUCUACAAAUACCGUUGUAUAUGGAGGUGAGAAUAACAACUUAUAUUGUAUAGGUCUCCCUCUAAGCGAUAAGAAAAGCAUGAACUUUUCUAUAUCUGGAAAUGAAAACCUCAAAUUUUCUUAUGACUGUGUUCAGGAAAAAAAAAAAAAACAAUCCCAAUGUGAUGAAUAUAUUCAAAAUAACAACAUAAAACCCUUAAAUGUAUGCAAAAGAAAGAGAAACAAAAGUGUUGAUAACAUACGCACUCGAUUCAAUCCAUUUAACACGAAUGAAAUGAAAUUAUCUGCGGAUAAAAUUAAGGUAAUUGGAAAUAGCGUUGGCUCAAGAAAAAAUUCCCCUCAAUUGAAAAGACUCAAGGAGGACAACUGCAAAAGUGGAAGCGUCAAGCUUCUGAGGAAAUCUGAAGAUUAG